UCGUGGUCUUGUUCAAGUCUAUAGAUGACAACCAUACUUUCUGAUAUUUGAGCCUUCAAUUUGUUUGCCAUUCUGAUUAGGGAACAAGCAUACAGCCCGUCUGAUGGUAAACAGUCUCUGUAGCCUAUAGAUGCCUGCAAAUCUAAGGGUGUUACGUUGGCAACUUUGUAUAACAUUAAUACAAAUUUUUUGGAGAACUCUAUUCUAUAGUCUCUAAGGAAAAACUUGGCAAGGAACUCAUUCCACAGUUUGCGCGUUAGUGAGAAGAACUUCUUCUGAAGCCGCACUGUACUCAAUAAUUUGGGUAUUAUCGUAUAAGGAUGAAUUGCCUGUAAAUUGUGUCAAAAGUCAAAAGACUUCUGGAAAUUAUGUUUUGUUGCUCGUAAAGACAGAAUUUGGAUUUCCUAAAAUCUUUAUCAUCAACAAAGCUGCUAUUAAUAUCUGAAGACAAUUUAUCGAGUGAUAACCAACACUACUGAUAAAAAAAAACGAAUUCGACAGAAGGUACUUUAAAUCUUGCACGAUUUUUUUGUGAUUACAAUUCAGUUGCAAGCCACAGGUGAAACUUGACUUUGAAAAUGUUGAAGUCUAUUCUAAUGAAGUUAGAAAAUCCAAAACGUCCGCUCUUAGGUCCAAAUAUAUACUCAUUACAAUUCUGGGGUGUGUUGCUUCCAAAGACUAAUAUUUGUAUGAAAUAUUUUUACAUGACCAUCCAUACUAUAGUUACAUUAUUUGUUGUCACCGAAAUUAUGGACGUUUGGUAUAUAAAGUCUGAUUUAAAUAAUUUGUUGAACAACUUAAAAACCACAAUAUUAGCAACAAUGAGUACAAUCAAAGUACUUAGUUUCUUGUAUUGGCAAAAACGUUGGUGGAACGUCAUUGAUUAUGUCACUGAAUCUGAUAUCAACAGGAGAAAAACUGAGGAUGUGAAUAAGAAAAGAAUAAUAGAAAAUUAUACAAAAUACUGUCGCAUUUUCACAUACUCCUACUGGACGUUAAUGUACUUCACAAUUCUUGUGUUGAUCGUAACACCAGUUUUUAAGUACAUUUUCUCUUCAACCUAUAGAUAUAAUGUCAAAAAUGGUAAUGAAGAAUAUUUGCAAGUUGUAAGCUCUUGGAUGCCGUUUGAUAAAAAUGCUCCCGUUGCUGUUAUACCAGUGGGUAUUGUUCAGGGAUUUAUGGCGACAUAUGGCGGCGGAUGGAUUUCUUCUUAUGAUACUAAUGCAUUGGUCAUUAUGGUGUAUUUUCGAGCAGAACUUGAAUUGUUGAGAAUUGAUUCUGCUAAUAUAUUUGGCGAAGAGGACAAUCCUGUUUCAAUUGAAGUUGCUAGAGAAAGAUUGAGGGAAUGUCAUAAGAAACACGUAGAAUUGAUGAAAUAUAUUCAAUUAUUAAAUUCUUGUCUUUCGCCAAUAAUGCUUCUGUAUCUGUUGGUGUGUGCUAUAAUGCUUUGUGUAACAGCAUAUCAAAUUACUGUGCAAACGAGCGCAAUGGAAAGAUUUUUCUCGAUAGAAUAUUUAGUGUUUGGCGUGGCACAACUGUUCUUUUAUUGUUGGCACAGUAACAAUGUCUUAUAUGCGAGUUAUGAUCUAACGAGAGGUCCAUAUGAGAGUUUUUGGUGGAAAAAGCAUGUGUCUCGUUCAUUUCGCAAAGACCUGUUCAUAUUGACAGCCCAAUUUAACAAAAUAGUCGUCUUCACUGCGGGACCGUUCACGGAUCUUAAUAUGGCUACUUUUAUUAAUAUCUUGAAAGGAGCCUACAGUUAUUAUGCGUUACUUACGAAUUCAAUCACGGCGUUUAAAAUGUUUAGAUCUAUCCUAAUGAAAUUAGAAAAUCCGAAACGACCCUUAUUAGGUCCAAAUGUAUACGCUUUAGAGUUUUGGGGGUUAUUAUUACCAGAGAACAUGUUUAAGAGAUAUUUUUACUUAACUAUGCACGUUUUAGUUACAAUAUUUACAGCUACUGAGUACGUAGACGUUUGGUUUGUGAAGUCCGAUAUGAGCCAUUUGUUGAACAAUUUAAAAAUCACAAUGCUAGCAACAAUGAGUGUAUGUAAAGUUACCACAUUCUUGUAUUGGCAAAAACGUUGGAGAAGCAUUAUAGAAUACAUCACUAAAUCUGAUUUGAACAGAAGAAAAACAAAUGACAUGACCAAGAAAAACAUGAUUGACAAUUAUACAAAAUAUUGUCGUAAAAUCACAUACUUUUAUUGGUCUUUGAUGUAUACAACAGUCAUUAUAGUCAUGGUUACACCAAUUUUCAAGUAUUUAUUCUCUUCUGCAUAUAGAAGUAACCUUGAUGAUGGUACAGAAAAGUAUCUACAAGUUGUAAGCUCAUGGGUACCAUUUGAUAAAAAUACGCUUGUUGGAUAUUUAGCAGCAUCUGCUUUUCAAUCGUAUGCAGCCAUAUACGGUGGUGGAUGGAUAACUUCUUUUGACACUAACGCAAUGGUGAUUAUGGUGUCUUUUCGAGCUGAACUCGAGUUAUUGAGAAUUGAUUGUGCUAAUAUAUUCAGUGAAGAAGGUCGUAUUGUUUCUGAUAAAGUUUGUAAUGAAAGACUAAGAGAAUGCCAUAAACGACACGUGGAAUUAGUAAAAUAUUCUCGAAUGUUCGACGAGUGUCUCUCGCCAAUAAUGCUACUAUAUAUGUUCGUUUGUUCAGUUAUGCUGUGCGUCACAGCCUAUCAGAUUACUAUAGAAACGAGUGCAAUGCAAAGAUUCUUAACAACAGAAUAUUUAGUGUUUGGAGUGGCACAACUCUUCAUUUACUGUUGGCACAGCAACGAAGUAUUAUACGCGAGCCAAAAUCUGAGAUGGGGUCCGUAUGAGAGUGUUUGGUGGACAAAAGACGUAUCAUACCGUAAAGAUCUAUUCAUACUAAUUGCCCAAUACAACAGAAUCGUUGCCUUUUCUGCUGGACCAUUCACACAGCUCACUGUUGCCACUUUCAUAAGUAUCUUGAAAGGAGCCUACAGUUAUUACACGCUACUGAGUCAAUCGCAAAACGUUAUUUCGGAUUCAGCACAAACGUAGAUUGACAGAUUGAAAUAUGUAAUUGUAGCUAUAUUUUUAAAAUUACUAUAGUGUAUUUAUUUUUCACUUAUUACAAUUAAUAUAUGCAUUUUGACAUUUGAAUAUAGUACAUUAAUUAUUAAUAUAUAUUAUUAUAAUUUUUUUUAUAUAUAUCAUAUACAAAUAUGUAAAAAAUAUAGUUUAUCUUUUUUAUUAUAUACACACCUAAUAUCUACGUGCAGGGGGUGAAGGGGUUGUUAGUAAUGGGGAUUACCAAUCCCAUUGCUAGCAAUAAACUCUAUCAGGUCGACCUUCUCCCGGUUCCCCUUGAAAACCAUCUUGAUUGGUUUAUUGUUGAAUUCGUCACGAUGGGCUAACUGACCUGAUUCAUCCUCACCUAUCAUGCCUCACUGGUGCCCCGCCGGUGUAUACCGAUAGCGCGGGUGGGGUUACCGUUCUAUUAGCAUCCAUUAAAAAAAAUAUAUCUACGUGCUACAAACAUCAAGAGCAAGUACUUAAAAAAAUAUUUAAAGAUAAAAAGAUUCUUUGAGAUCACUGCCAGCUGGUAGGGUACCUAGGAUACUUGCUGCAUUUAAAAUAUACAAAUUACUAUAUAAUUAUUUCUUUGAGAAUAUAUUUAAAGGUACAUUUAUUUUAACGAGGAUAAUGGAAUAAAUCCCUGUAGAUCUACAAAGCACUCAGUAAGCAUAUUUUUAAAAGAAGACUCUUUAAUUAUUUGUUGAGUCAACAAAACCAGCUCUAGUUACAGUUUACUCAGUAGUUACUAUAUCUUAUAAUCCUUUCUGUUGUUUUGAUAUAUAUAUAU